UUGUAUUAGGAUCUACACUAAGUAGUGCCCAUUAGACUAUCUUAAGUAUUGUCAACUGUUCUAUUUUAAGGACUUUACAAUGUCCCAUGUAUGUGUAUGAGUGUUCAGUGGUAACAUGGAGCCUGAUGGCUGGACAAGGCCAGUCUCAUUACACUAAUGACAACUUUACGUUUGAGGCUUGUAUCGGUUGAUAUGAUUGUAACAAAACAAAAAAUGAAUUAUCACUAAUAUUAUUUUCUAAGUAUAGGAUCUAAAAUUAUAGUAUAACUAGGCAAUUUAUUUGGCCUUCUAAAGCCUUUAGUCCUCCUUUAGUCAACUGAGGUCCGAGGAGAGUGCUGUGGGCUCCUACAGUGGAGUCCGGGAGGGUUUUGAGAACGUAAUCAAAAUAUAAAAAAAAAAUAAAUAGAAAUAUUUAGAACACAAUUUUCCAACUUUAUUUUCCAUAUAUAUUUACAAUAUUGUUUUUAAGACUAUUGCAGAAGAUGAAGUAUGCAAAUAAUUCUAUGCAAUUAGCCGGACAAUGGCUUUUGUCUUCAUCAUAUGUGGGAAACUAUGCAGGCCGGAACUGGGUUUGAGUGGUCAUGUGAAAGACUUCACUCAUCCUUUAAAUUCGAAAUCGAAGACAUUGCAAUUCCCUCAUUGUUAAGCGACAACACUUUAUCUACCUACACACUUACCUGUCCAGCCGGUACACAGAGGUCUACGUCAGGACGUUAGGGGAAAUCCCUUUGACAGCACCGGGAUCAACUUCCUGACCCAUGAUUUGUACAGUAUUGGUUUAGUGACGAAAUACUUACCAACCUAAAUUGAGAAAUAUCUGGGACAACUACCUGAGUACUGUCUACACCAAAUAACACGCAGAAAUAUCUUCGCAUUGGAUGGCAUUCAUGACUUUGUUUUGAAAAAAUACUUUAAACUUUUAUUAAAACAAAAUUUUGCAUUUGAAAAAAAAUUGAUAGAAUUACAUAAUGUUUCAGAACUUUUAAGUUCAAUCCAUUUUAAAUUUUUGAAAUGAAAGUCCUCGUUUAAAAAUUGUGAAAUAAAAAAAAACAACUAAAAACAUUAUUAACAAAACAACUCGAAUAUUUUAAAAUUUCAUGUGAAAAUUUCAGAAAGUAAUUUUUUUUUUUCGGGAAACUUGAAACAUCCUGAACAACAAGAUUUGAAUUUAGAAAAAAAAAACAAGAAAAAAACAUACAUUUUAGAAUCUCUAGACAUUUUCAACUUGGUGAUUGGACAUUGAAACGUUAAAUACUAUUUGACGAGGAUGCAUCCAACUGAGAAGACAUCCUCUGAAGUGUUCUCGCUACCUGAGAAUUUCUCAAACGUCACUUCCAUCGAGGAAGUGAACCAAGAGAAACUGAUCACGCUCAUUCCUGUCAUCUUACUGUUCGCCAUUUUCCUGGUCAUCGGUGUUAUUGGCAACAGUUUGGUCGUCUACGUCUUUGGAUUCAAGAUGAAGUCUGGCACGCAGAACAUCUUGAUAGUGAUCCUGGCGCUGUUCGAUGUGCUGACCAGCUUGCUGUCCAUCCCGCACGAGAUUACAGUGUCCGUGUUCAUUGUCAUGUAUCCAUCGGCGAUCUCCUGCAAGAUUUUUAGAUUCAUCAAUACAUUUUGCUCGGCUGGUUCAAUGUUUACUCUGCUCCUCAUAGCUGUGGACAGAUACAGGAAGAUUUGCUUGCCUCUCAGGCCCCAGAUGUACACCAGGCACGUCAAAAGGUCCAUGAUCCCCAUCUUGAUAUUCGCCGUCCUCAUCUCACUACCUGCCUUUGCUGUGCACGGCCAGCGCACUAUCGACACGGACAUUCCCGGGCUGUACGGCAAGGACUGCUCGACCCCGGACGAAAUAGGGAAAACCAUCAUCCCUUUGAUCUACAACUUGGUCAUGUUCCUGGUUUUUUUUACCAUCACCAUAGCCCUGGCCGUGCUGUACACGUUCAUUCUAAGGGAGACAAACAGGCAUAACAGAGAAAAAUCGCUAAGAGCCAAGUAUAACCUCCCUUCCUCGUCCAACUCUAGCUCAGAUCGCACACCCGCAGCGACCAACACAUCCUUUGAAACGGCGUCGGUGAAAAACUCAAAGCUUGACAUAACCCAAGAAUCAGACGUCGGCAGCGAAUCGUCCUGCUACACUCUUGGACAGUCAGCGUUUAAUCUUGAGCAGACCAUUGACCCAUCCACUAAAACAGACGAUCCCAGAUAUACGCAGCUCCCGCCGUCCAGCGAAAUACAAACAAAGGACUUGCAAACACUAGAUGUCUCCCAGACAUGUGUCAAACCAAAGCGUGUUAUCCGUCCUGGAAAAUAUUUUUUCACCAAGGCCCAAAAGGCCAAAGUGUCCAAGUCAGUGUCCAAGUCGGUGCUAUCCAAGAAUUCGUCUAAUCCAGCCAAAGCAACAAAGAGGCGCUUCAAAAAUAAGACGACCAUCAUAGCUUUCUUGGUGACUCUUGUUUUCAUCCUCAGCUUUCUGCCACAUUUCAUCCUUCAAGUCACCAAGUUCAGUAAGUUGAUUGUGGAUUAUAGACUCCAUGGCGCAGGCCUAGCUGCGUAUAACAUCUUCCUCCGAUCGUAUUUUAUAAACUCUGUGUCCAAUCCCUUUAUCUACGGGGUGUUGAACACACGGUUUAGCAGUGAAGUUGGACGUCUGUGGAGGAGGUUAACUUGUAGAUCUUAGGGACGCAAUGGGAAAUACAAAUGAAGUCUCAACAUUUUAAUAACUCUUUUCUUAAAGAGAAGAACAAAAUUCAACAUAAACAAUGUGAUAUUUGUUUGAAAUAUUUAUUUUUAAAUGCAACGUUCUUAUGUUCUUCACGGUUUAUUUUGUUUUGAAUGUAAUACGCAAAAGUGAACAAAAGGAAAACUUAACUCUUUCACAAAUGAUCGACCUAUAUUUUUAAAUGUGUUAUUUCCCAUUAAUUUAUGCUCACGCAAUGCUGCAAUAUUUCA